CAGGCACCCUUUGCUGGGAGAGGAAACUUUCCGCGCCGGUGGUCCCGGUACCAGGGUCCUGCCUGCGACCUCCGUUCAGGCCUGGACGCUGGAUCAACACCUGUGACUCCACGUGUGCGCACCCGCCACAUCUGCGGUCACAGACAGCCACCUUGGCCACAAACCCAUAAGUAGGCAACAUAGGUGGCUCCAAGUGUACAGUGCGCAUCUGUGAUCCUGCAGGCAACAUCUUGGGUCACACCUGUGAUUCCUGGCUACACCAAUUCUCCCCUACCAGCCGUGGCAACCGCAGGACGGGUCCUGAGACCACGUCUCUGACGCCAAGGGCCCCCUGACCUCCAGACUGUCCCCGCAGGAAGGAGCAAUGGCUGCGGCUGAGGACAGGGUUGUCCAGCGAGUGCUAUUUGGGGAGUGGCUCCUGAGUGAGGUCAGCAGUGGCCGGUACGAGGGGCUGCGGUGGCUGGACGAGACCCACACGGUUUUCCGUGUGCCCUGGAAGCACUUCGCUCGCAAGGAUCUGGGGGAGGCAGACGCACGCAUCUUCAAGGCCUGGGCCGUGGCCCGGGGCAGGUGGCCACCCGGCGCCCAGCCCUCCCCGGAAGCCGAGGCUGCGGAGCGCGCUGGCUGGAAAACCAAUUUCCGCUGCGCACUGCGCAGCACCCGACGCUUCGUGAUGCUGCAGGACAACUCUGGGGACCUGGUCGACCCCCACAAAGUCUACAUGCUCAGUUCCGAGCCGGGGGGCAGAGCCUCCGUAAUCCCAGCUGUCCACCCCGGGGAGGAAGAGGCCUUCAGAGCUGCCCCACCAGCACAGGGGGGACUCCCAGGGCCAUUCCUGACAGGAGGUGCUGAGUCCCGCACCCCAGGACCUCUGGACACCAUGGGGAGUGAUGCAGGGGACCUCCCGCUGCUUGGGGUUCUGCAACAGAGUCUCCUGGGGGGUCCCUUGCUGGAGGCUGCAUUGGGAGGAAACCAGGCCCUCGCCCAGGCUCCUGGUGAGACUCCAGGCUCCUCUCUGCAGGAGACAGGGCAGGGGGCUGGCAGAGCCCCCUGGGGAAGGGCCAGCACUCUAGGGCUGACCCUUGACCAAGAUGUGGAGAAAGCAGGGCAGGGAAGCUGGGACACCACGUCACCAUCAGCGCUAAGCAGCUCCUCUGUGGCUCCUGGCGCAGAGCACCCCGAGGAGCCCAGGGCCGCGUGGACCAUGGAGGGUGUCCCCAGCCCGAGACCUCAGCACCCAGCACUGACCGUGGAGCCUGGCCCGGGAGCCCUGGAUGUGACCAUCAUGUACAAAGGCCGCACCGUGCUCCAGGCAGUGGUGGGGCACCCCGGCUGCGUGCUCCUGUACAACCCCACAGGCCCGGCUGCCCUGGCCACCGAGGCCCAGCCAGUCCUCUUCCCCAGCCCUGCUGAGCUCCCCGACCAGAAGCAGCUGCGCUACACAGAGGAGCUGCUGCGGCACGUGGCCCCCGGCCUGCAGCUGGAGCUGCGGGGGCUGGAACUGUGGGCCUUGCGCAUGGGCAAAUGCAAGGUGUACUGGGAGGUGGGAAGCCCACUGGGCUCUGCCAGCCCUUCCACCCCAGCGCAGCUGCUGGAGCGCAACUGCCACACGCCCAUCUUUGACUUCAGCACCUUCUUCAGAGAACUGGGCGAGUUCCGGGCGAGACAGCGCCCAGGCUCCCCUCACUAUACCAUCUACCUGGGCUUUGGGCAGGACCUGUCCGCCAGAAGGCCCAAGGAGAAGAGCCUGAUCCUGGUGAAGCUGGAGCCGCUGCUGUGCCGCGUGCACGUGGAGGGCGUGCAGCGGGAGGGCGUGUCCUCGCUGGACAGCAGCAGCCUGGGCCUGUGCCUGUCCAGCACCAACAGCCUCUAUGACGACCUCGAGCACUUCCUCCUGACUUGGAACGGCGGGCCGAGGCCGGCCGCUACCUCCCCUCAAUAAAGAGCGAGAGCCAGUGCUGUCAUGGU